CACAUUUUUUCAGUACAGAUUCACCUGCCUCUUUAGAGCAUCCUGAACUUUACGGUCAGACCAUGUUGAACAUUCGUUCCAGCUCCUUCUUUUUGCUGUUGGCUCUGCUGGCCAUGGCCAGUAGUCAGGCAGUUGACAAAGUCAUCACGGUGAGCAACGGCGGGGAGGAAGGCGAAUGGGGACCGCUGGAGCGCUGCCCAGACGGUUUCAAAGCGAUCGGUUUCCAGACCCGUAACGAACUGGCCACUCCAUUCUUCGACGACACGGCCCUCAACACCAUCAUCCUCACCUGCAACGACGAGAAUCUAACCAACAUCACCUCCACUAUAGGAUUCUCCGGAGAUUUCCAACGUGUCCAGUUGUGUCCAUCGGCUUUUGUUGUCGCGUACAUGACCAGUUUCGCUCUGCGAGUCCAGCUGCCGUUCAACGGGACGGACAAUACCCAAGGGGACCGGACGGCGGCCAACAACAUCCGAUUCUUGUGCUCCAACGAGCGCGAGAUCAACGGAGUGGGAAACACAGAUGGAGUCUGGGGCGAGUACAGCGAGUCGUGCACCGAGGGCAUCUGUGGAAUCGAGACCCGCGUCCAGCCGUACGACGGCGGAAUCGGCCACCCUGACAACACGGCCUUGAACGACGUCCGCUUCACCUGCUGUCCAGAUGUUUCGUCACGACAGCCGCUCCUAAAAAUGUUGAAAUUCACUUUCCUGUUGGCCAUGGCCGUCGGCGCCAAUUGCCAGUUGGAAUCCUCAAUCGUUCCAACCAUUCCGCCAACCAGCACGACGACGACGAAACCGCCGAGGCAGGUCAUCACGGUCACCAACGGAGAAACGGAAGGCCAAUGGGGACCGUUGGAGCGCUGCCCCAAAGGCGCCAGAGUUGUCAGCUAUCAGACCCAGAACGAACUGGCCACUCCCCGAUUCGACGACACGGCACUCAACACCAUCCUCCUCUUCUGCAACGACGAAUUCGUCACCAACUUCACCUCCACUGCUGGAUUUUCCGGAGAUUUUCGCGGGAUUCAGACUUGCGCUUUCGGCGGUUACAUGACGAGUUUCCAGUUGAGGGUCAGUCCGGCCGGAACAGAGGCCGACAACACGGCGGCAAACGACAUCCGCUUCAAGUGCUCCGGCGGCGAUGAAAUCAACGGACUCGGCAACACCGGCGGAGACUGGGGCGACUACAGCGAAGUCUGCGACAACGGAAUUUGCGGAAUGGAGACCCGCGUCCAGCCGUACGAAGGCGGAAUCGGCCACCCUGACAACACGGCUUUGAACGACGUUCGCUUCACCUGCUGCUAAUUCAAAUUUCGCGCUGAAUAAAAUAAACAUUUGACGUUUGUUUCGAA